UUCGCGGGUUUACCGAAUAAAUUGGCCUACUGCCCUCUCAAUCCAAUACAAAACUUUCAAAGCUUUAAAAAGCAGAGUAAAAGAAGGGUAAAGCGCAGAGCAUAACAAUGACGAACGCGGAGGUAGAGGCGGUGGACUUCGAGCCGGAAGAUGACGACCUGAUGGACGAGGACGUCGAUGGCACUUCCCCUAGGGCUCUAAUUCCCAGGAUCAAAUCCGCUAUCGGCGACUCCUCCGCUCCCAAGAAAACAAAGGGCCGCGGCUUCCGCGAAGAGGCUGCUGAGGCCGACCGUAAUGCCCGCCUGUCUGCUCGAUUCGACUCUCUUGUUUCGGAUGGCGGCCCCGGUCCCGAAAGAUCCAUUGAAGGAUGGAUUAUUUUGGUAACUGGAGUUCAUGAAGAGGCCCAAGAAGAUGAUAUCCUUAACUCUUUUGGUGAGUUUGGAGACAUUAAGAAUUUGCAUCUGAAUCUGGAUCGCCGCACUGGGUUUGUAAAGGGCUAUGCACUGGUUGAAUAUGAAAACUUUGAAGAGGCACAAAAAGCUAUAAACGAGCUGGAUGGAACUCAACUGCUCACUCAAACCAUUAAUGUUGAUUGGGCAUUUAGCAGAGGCCCCUUCAAGAGAAGGAAUAAUAGGAGGACUUGUAUCAUAUCAAUGGACCAGAUGGUGUUACAAUUUGUUCAAAUGAUGCACAGAGAAUGACUUCGUGAUGAUAUUGAUCCUUUACAUUCAAUUGUUUAAUACAGUAAAAAUAAUAAACCUGUUGUGUAGUCGAUCCUGGAAGGAUAAAGUGUAACUGUGUAAGUGAUUCAUUCAUAUUUGAUGCCUAUGCUGCUAUGCAGAUCACCUCGAGGUCAUCGUUCAAGAAGUCCCCGGAGGAGAUACUAGCUAUGUGUGUGUGCGUGUUUCUUUUCUGAAGUCAUUGUGACUCUUGUUUGAGAAUAUAGACUUUAGCCUCAAGGAAUUCUGGUUGAUAUUAUGUACACUACUAUUUGAGCACGUUUGAAUGACUGGUAUUUGCUAGGCGUCCCUGUAUUCUCUUGAUUUGUCUUGCUUUUAUUUUAAUUAUUAAUGCAUAAUGAUUAAUGGCACCUGUAAUGUCCAGUAUUGACCCUUCCAAGAACAAGGUGGUUGUUUUGUCGAAGUUGGGAUAUCAAUCUUUAUUGCAUCUACAAAUGCAAAUAUGCAAUGCUCUUUAGUGAAAGAAUAUUC